ACCGGCCUCCGACGGGAGGGGUGUGGUGGGGCGACGUGGCACCCGGGCACACGUGGAGAUGCGGACGCUGCCCAGGGGACACCGAUCUGCCGCCUCAGGGAAGGAUGCGAAGAGGUCCGCCUUUCCCGGACCCUAGCGGCAGCCGAGGUUGCUGCAGUCUGAUGAAAUCCGCCAGCCGGCUUGCUCCAGGGGUACCGACUUCCCUCCUCCCGAGUGGGUGUGGUUCGCAAGAUGUCCGAACCCCGCGGUGGUCCCCGCAGUCCACUUUGUAGCCUGCCAGGUCUAGCCUAGGCGACCUGAGGUGAUACAUGCUCCAGAAGUUGCUGGGGGCUGCUGGAAGUGGAGGUGUAUUGUUUUAGGGGGAGCUCCGGUGUUAGACCUUCCGUUCAGCACGUGGACUGCCGUAGUGGUCACACCAUUCUGAGAGUGUUUAUUACCACGUAAACCGUGUGCUUGGAAAUUGCCAGAGACGGGCGUGUUGGGAUUGCUUCUGAGAAAAGAAGCUGUCGUCAUUUCUGGAAGGAAACUGGCUCAGCAGAUCAAGCAAGAAGUGAGGCAGGAGGUGGAAGAGUGGGUGGCCUUGGGCAACAAGCGGCCACACCUCAGUGUCAUUCUGGUUGGUGACAAUCCCGCCAGUCACUCCUAUGUCCUCAACAAGACCAGGGCGGCAGCUGAAGUGGGCUGGCAUUUUAUCUGCGCCUCGGGCUCCUUCCUUGUCUCAGAAUGAGGUUCUGGAAUAAGCACAGAACAAUGGGCAGCGAGCCCUGAGCUGGUGUUCAGGAGUAUAUGAUUGGAAGCUGGGCGAGCCGUGGUGGGCACACAUGCGCGCUAAGUACUCUGGAAUCAACAGCGAGACAAUUGUGAAGCCAGCCUCCAUUUCAGAGGAAGAGCUGUUGAAUUCAAUCAGGAAAUUGAACGAUGACGAAAACGUAGACGGCCUUCUUGUCCAGCUGCCACUCCCAGAGCAUAUUGAUGAGAGAAAGAUCUGCAACGCCGUCUCUCCUGACAAAGAUGUUGAUGGCUUUCAUGUCAUUAACGUGGGGCGAAUGUGUCUGGACCAGUAUUCCAUGCUACCAGCGACCCCGUGGGGUGUGUGGGAGAUAAUUAAGCGAACUGGCAUUCCAACCUUAGGGAAGAACGUGGUUGUAGCUGGCAGGUCAAAAAACGUUGGAAUGCCGAUUGCAAUGUUGCUGCACACUGAUGGAGCCCAUGAACGGCCUGGAGGUGAUGCCACAGUCACAAUAUCUCACCGAUACACCCCCAAAGAGCAACUGAAGAAGCACACGAUCCUUGCCGACAUUGUGAUCUCUGCUGCCGGUAUUCCAAAUCUGAUCACAGCCGACAUGAUCAAGGAAGGGGCAACUGUCAUCGACGUGGGCAUAAACAGAGUUCAAGAUCCUGUCACUGCAAAGCCCAAGUUGGUUGGAGAUGUAGAUUUUGAAGGAGUCAAGAAGAAAGCCGGGUACAUCACUCCUGUCCCUGGAGGUGUUGGUCCCAUGACGGUGGCCAUGCUGAUGAAGAAUACCAUUAUUGCUGCGAAGAAAGUGCUGAGGCCUGAAGAGCUGGAGCUGCUCAAGGCCAAGCAGCGUGGAGUUGCCACCAACUAGCAGGAAUCCAUGCCAGUUGGAGAGGCAGAGUGGGCCAAGAGGAAUGCAGUAUUUUUAAUUUAUUCUGUUGAAGUGGUUUAAAAUGAUGUUUGUAUUUAUUGAAAGCUUAAAACGGGUGGACGUGUGUGCGCAUGGCUCUGCAGAACCUCACCGGGGUGCCCAUCCGCGUCCUGCCUUUGACCUGGUGAUGCAGGGGAGACAUCCUCACACUGAGAGUGGAUGCUGAACUUCAUCACAAACCCUGCCUUGUUAGGUUCUCAUUUCCCAAGUGCUAUUCCAAUUCAAGUUGAUGGCUCAUCCGAGGUUCCAAGCCUUCUGAGUUCAACUUUCAAACCAAAGGAAAACGUACUAGAGCGAAUGGGGGGAAGAAGAAACGGCAGCACCGACACCGAGUGGAGGACGGCCCCUUGCUCUCUGUGCAUGCCAGACUGUGACCAGGUUUCUCUGAAGAGGGCUCAGUUGGCUGGGCUGGUAGAGGGAAGCCCAGCAUUGCUAGCUGUCCCAUGUGGCUGAGUCACCGGGGAAGGUUUAGGAUUUCCCCCACUUGCUGUUACCCUUCUGUGAGCUUGCCCUAUUUCAGUUUUCUAGAAUUGAGAAAGAUCAUUUCAUAAAUGACGUGUGUGAUUGUCAUGUUCGGCUUCUGCAGCACAUUUAAACUUUAAAUUUCAGACCGUUGGAGAGUAGGUGUCUAUAUAUAUAUUUUUUUUUUGGCCUAAGCUUUGAGGCCAGUUUUUUGGGCAUGAUAAUCAUGAGGGCAGGUUGUGUAAAACCUACUACUUGCCACCAAAGAAAUGCCGGCAGCUGCCUGUGUCUUUCACGUACCCUGUUGGCUUUCCUGAAGGUACCAAGGAGCUUGAGUUAAUAUAAGAUUUGAUCAGAUUUUCUUAUUAAAGGGUCUGUUGCUGUUGUUGGGUUCUUUUGUCUUGUUUUUAAAUAAAACACAUCUGUCUGGUGUGGAAUGAG